AUGUCGUCCAAGUGCGAUCCUUCAUCCAACCUCACUCCUCUCGACACUUCCAUGAAGCCCUCACCCAACACUGAUGAGACGCUCGCCACUCCCUCGAACUCGGUUGACCACGAGAAUGGCGAGACGUCGAGUUUAUCUGAGGACCACCAGCACGUGAAUGCGAGCGAUACCACUGUGCAUAAACACACCCGCACCGAUACAUUGGAUCCGUUGGACGACUCUUUCAGCUCGCCUUCGCGAGCAAAGUCGCGCAAAAUGACGCAAUCACAGCCGCGACCUCAAGAUCGUUCACCCAAGAUCGACAGGCUAUCGACUUCCAGCUCCCUCAAUCUUCCCGACGAGAAAGAGAAGAGCACCCAGGUCAACUCAACUGUGACUGCGACAUCAACCGCAUACGAAACGGCUGCCCCUAAGCCAGGCAAGACAUCUAUCCGGACACACAUCAAGAUGUUCUUCAUCCAUUGGUUCAGUGUGUACCGGGUGCUCAUGGCCCUGGUCAUCAUUGUCAAUCUCGUCGUCCUCGCUGUCAUGAUCGAAAAGAACUUGCCCUACACUCGCUUCCAUCUGGCUGGUCCACUAGUUGCCACCGCAGCUAACCUCUUCGCUGCCGUGGUUAUCCGUCAAGAAGAAGUUAUCAACACCAUCUUCCGCGUGCUGGCCCACACCCCUAUUGGCCUGCCUCUCUGGAUGCGCAAGUCCAUUGCCGACUUCCACCACUUUGGCGGCUUCCACAUUGGCUGUGCCAUGUCAUCGCUGUUUUGGUACUUCUUCUUCGUCUACCUAAACACGACCUUCUUCGUCAACGGACUCCGGGAAUCGAAGGCCAAUGGAUGGGUAUGGGCGGAUAUCAUCACGUGCUACUCCUUUCUUAUCUCCAUCUUCCUCGUCUGCGUGGCCGCUCACCCCCGUUUCCGCCAGCGCUUCCACAACACCUUUGAGCGCACCCACCGUUUCGGCGGCUGGAUCGCCCUCACUGUUCUCUGGGUCAAUGCAGGUGUCUCUAGCCACACACACGGCAACACGCCUAUGCAUCGCAACCCAGCCGUCUGGCUCCUUGCCGUCACGACCUUCCUCAUCAUUCUCCCCUGGCUACGCAUGUCCCGCGUGCCUGUCACCGCCACUGCCGUCUCCGCACGCGAAGUCCGUCUAACUUUCCCCUACAAGCGCAUGCCCUACACGGCCACCAUGCGCUUCUCCCUGGCUCCUCUGACGGAAUGGCACGCCUUCGCUACGGUCCCUUCUCCCCAGGCCCACCCCACCGCCUACAUUCUCAUCUCGCAAGCCGGCGACUGGACCACAUCCAUCAUCCGAUCUCCCCCCAAGGAAAUCUACAUCCGCCGCCCCGCCACUUUGAACUUCCUCGCCCUUGCCCCUUUGUUCAACUCGCUCCUCCUCGUCGGCACAGGCGCUGGUAUCGGCCCUUUGCUCUCUCUUCUCUCCAGCCCGGCUAUCAAGCGCAUGCGAGACCAGGGCCGCGUCAUCCGCGUCCUAUGGGUUGUGUACGCGGCUGAGGCUCCCCAUUGGCAAUUCGUUCACGACAUCAUUCGCGCCGUCGACCCUGAGCCUAAGAUCUUCGACAGCCAGCACGGACGCCCCGAUGUCGCGUUUGAGACGCAGUUCCUCAUGGAGACAGAGAAGCUCGAGGCGGUUAUGGUGGUUAGCAACCCGGCUGUUACGCGGCUUGUUGUUGAGGGCGUCAAGGCUAAGGGUUACCCGGCUUAUGGAGCUGUUUUCGACUCUUAG